UGUUGUUCUAUUGUUCAAUUUAUGAUCUACUAAAUUUCUUCUAUUUCGAAGCUCUAAUUAUUCUAAUUCGAUUGCAUUGUACAGAAAGGAACAUUCCAUUGUAUAUACAAUAAUAACCGCAAUAAAUGUUGCGUAAAGAAGAUAGAGAAACACAUUAAUUAGCGUUUCUUAUUUUAUAUUCAGAGUGUAACAAAGUAACAACCGCUAUAAGUCAUUCAAUUAUCCUGUGAGAAAUUCACAGGUGAGCUAGGCAGGUAUCAUAAAACACCUCCACCACAGAUCAGCCGGUAAAGAAAUUCAAUGCUCUCCAAGCGAAAAUCCGUAUCGACGGAAACUUAACCUCACUAUCGUGGAACGUCAGACGUUCAUUUGGUCGCACGAAAUGUCAUGGGAAUGUCGUAAAGGACAAAUAACGUUAACUAAACCGACUUUCGUAGUUCGUUAAUCUGUCUUACGCAACGCACAGAGUUAUAUUAUUAAUAAUAACGAUAAGAUUACUCCCGUUUAGUCUCGUUGCGUCGCGUAAUGAACGCGAAACAGCGCGUAACGAUGCCUCCUCGACUUGUGCUGAGAACGAGCGUAGACAACGUACGGACUAGAACGUUCAUACAUUAGUUUCUUGUGAAUCAAAGCAGUGUGCGGUCACACGGUGUAGUGAACGCGUUAUUCAAACCUAUCUAUUUCAUUGAUAAUUCACCAGGUUGUACUCGUUUCACUAUUUCAUCUCGUUUUGUGACAGUUUACGAUUAUUGAAACAUGGGUACCGCUUCAAACGCGACAUACUUAGGGCUCGAUCUCAGCACGCAGCAGUUGAAAGCGGUAGUCGUUGAUAAUAAUCUCGCCGUUCUCCACGAAACCAGUGUACAAUUCGACAAUGAUCUGCCAGAAUUUAGAACGUACGGAGGAGUCAUUCAAAAAAAGGAAGAGCAACACGUGGUGGUGGCUCCCACCUUGAUGUGGGUUAAGGCCCUAGACAUGAUACUCGAUAAAUUGCGAGUGUGUGGUGUCGAUUUUAGUAAAGUGGCUGCUAUUUCAGGAUGUGCACAGCAACAUGGCACAGUUUACUGGGGCAAGGGCAGUCGAAAUCAUUUGCAACAAUUGGAUCCUGCAAAAUUCUUACACGAACAGCUCCUUGCCUCUUUCUCGGUGGCACAGUCACCUGUGUGGAUGGAUUCUAGCACCACUAAGGAAUGCAAUGUUUUGGAAGAAAUCGUGGGCGGUCCUAAAAAAUUAGCAGAGAUAACGGGAUCUCGGGCGUACGAGAGAUUCUCAGGACCUCAGAUAGCGAAGAUAGCUCGCAGGAGACCGGAAGCUUACAACAAUACCGAGCGAAUCUCUUUAAUUAGCAGUUUUUUGGCUUCCUUAUUCUUGGGCGACUUUGCGCCUAUUGAUUGGUCCGAUGGAUCUGGAAUGAACUUGUUAAAUAUUCAUACGAAAGACUGGGAUGACGUAUUACUGGAGGCUUGCGCUUCAGGUUUGAGAGAAAAACUAGGUAAACCUGUUUUCUCGUGCACCGAUAUCGGCCCAAUUUCAUCCUAUUUCGUAGAAAGAUUCGGCUUCGACGAGGCAUGCAGGAUAAUUGCGUUCACGGGCGACAAUUCUGGUUCUCUAAUAGGGAUGAGAUUGAAAGAAGGAGAUAUCGCUUGCAGUUUAGGAACGAGCGAUACUCUGUUUUUAUGGUUGAACAAACCAAAAACUGUCUUGGAAGGACACGUAUUUUCUAAUCCACUUAAUGAAGAUGCUUACAUGGCAUUGCUUUGCUUUAAAAAUGGAUCUCUAACUCGCGAACGAAUACGAGACACCGCAGCACAGGGAUCUUGGCAGAUCUUUAACGAAUUAUUAGAAAGCACACCACGGGGUAAUUUCGGAAAUCUAGCCUUGUACUUCGAUGCACAAGAAAUUUUGCCGUUUGUCAUUGGUGAUCACAGAUUCAAUAAAGCGAAUGAUGAAAUUUCUCGGUAUAGUUCAAAAGAGGUUGAAGUGAGAGCUUUAAUCGAGGGUCAAUUUGUCGCGAAAAGAGCUAAUGCUGAGGACUUUGGUUUCGUUAUUGGGCCUAAUACACGUGUUAUUGCAACAGGGGGUGCAUCUACAAACAAAGCCAUACUGCAAGUACUUUCCGAUGUUUUCAAUUCUCCAGUUUAUAUAUCGGAAAUAGCCAAUUCAGCUAUGAUGGGCGCAGCCUAUCAAGCAAAACACGGUUUGUUACGAAACGAAUGCAACUUUGAUGAAAUAACGCGUUGCUUGCCAGAACCAAAGCUAGUGUGCCAUCCUUACGAUGACGCGGAAUCAAUAUAUAAAUUAAUGGUUGCACGGUAUCGGAAAAUAAUAGAACAAAUUAAAAAGAAAACAAAUACAAAAUGAAGUACGUAAAUAGGUAAUAUACAUAUGUAUACAUGUUAAGAUGAAAGCAUUUAAAACAGAGGCCUUUCCAAUGCAUAAUAUUAAUUUAAAAAGGGAAUAGGAAUUCUUGCAUUUAAUGCAUUUCAUAAUUCGAUGAUAUUCUUAGACUUUUGUACAACUUUUAGAAGCUUUUACAUACUAAAAUUUGAAUUUUAAUGAAUUAAUUCAGGAGCUUAGAGAUACUCGCAUAGAACAUUAUUUAGUUCUCUUUGAAGGAACAGAUUUUUAAGGAUCGUUGCAAUGAAAGUAGAUUUUUAUCGCUGAAAAAAGAUAUAAACACUAAGUGUUCAUAUAUUUUACAACUGCUCUUUUAUUAGAUAAGUCUAGUUAACUAUAAAUCGCUAAUGCCUUACUGAUUAAAGUACAAGGUAACCUAAGUGCAAUUUUUAAAAUGAUAACUGAGCUUAUAAAUUAAAAUGUAAUUUUGUAUUUGUAUAUUUAUAAAUUUUAUUAUAUUAUACAUUAUUAAUUUAUUAAAUGCUAACUUAUUACAAUCACGAAUAAUAAAAGAUGGCAUUUCAUUUAA